CAAAAUAGGAAAGAUAUAAUUUGGAGAUUCUACAACCAAAUAAAAACAAUACUAAAAAUAACUAGACCAGGUGGUAGGUAGUAUAACUACAACCUUAACUUUGUCUGGCCUUAACAUAGUAUAUAUCAUAGGAUAUUUGUCCUUUGCUUCAUUUCCUUUCAGAGUCAAACAAUGUCAAAAGUUGGAAGAAUGAAAUUGGGAUCUCAGGGAAUGGAAGUGUCCCUACAAGGACUUGGAUGCAUGAGCAUGUCUGCUUUCUAUGGUCCUCCUAAGCCUGAACCUGACAUGAUUGCUCUCAUCCACCAUGCCAUUCAAUCUGGUGUCACUUUUCUUGAUACUUCUGAUAUCUAUGGUCCUCACACCAAUGAACUCCUUCUAGGAAAGGCUUUGAAGGGUGUGAGAGAGAAAGUUCAAUUGGCUACGAAAUUUGGAGUCAGAGCUAGGGAAGGGAAAUUUGAGAUUUGUGGUGAUCCUGCUUAUGUGAGAGAAGCUUGUGAAGGUAGCUUGAAGAGACUUGAUAUUGAUUGUAUUGAUCUCUAUUAUCAACAUCGUAUUGAUACUCGUCUUCCAAUUGAAGUCACGAUUGGUGAGCUUAAGAAACUUGUUGAAGAAGGAAAAAUAAAAUACAUUGGUUUGUCGGAGGCCUCAGCUGCAACAAUCAGAAGAGCGCAUGCUGUUCAUCCAAUAACAGCUGUGCAGUUGGAGUGGUCAUUAUGGUCAAGAGAUGUCGAGGAAGAAAUAAUUCCGACUUGCAGGGAACUUGGUAUUGGAAUUGUUGCAUAUAGUCCUCUAGGGCGAGGAUUCUUUUCAUCAGGAACAAAGUUACUUGAGAACUUGCAACAGGAUGACUACCGGAAGCAUUUGCCUCGGUUUCAACCUGAAAAUCUGCAGCAGAACCAAACUAUAUUUGACAAAGUUAAUGAACUGGCUGCAAGGAAAGGGUGUACUCCAUCUCAGCUUGCACUAGCAUGGCUUCAUCACCAAGGGAACGACGUGUGCCCGAUUCCUGGAACAACCAAAGUUGAGAACUUGAAUCAAAACAUUGGUGCUUUAUCGGUUAAACUGACACCAGAAGAAUUGGCAGAAAUUGAGUCAUUAGCAGAUGCUGUUAGGGGUGAUAGAUAUGCGGAGGGUAUAAGUACAUGGAAGGAUUCCGAUACUCCACCACUCUCUUCAUGGAAAGCUGCAUAAUGAAGUGCUUUUCUUGCUUCAUGUCUUGUAUUGUAUUGUACCUUUGGUGUUUGGAACUGUUACUUUCAAGAAAUAAUGUUAUGAAAAUAACACUUUAUGGUUCAGUUGCUUCGUAAA